AUGUCAAAUGAAAAAAAUGAAUCUUUUCGUUAUGUCAGAAAAAUGGCAAAAACAAUCGAGAAUGAUGAAAAACGUUUUGUAUUUCUGCGAAGUCAAGUAAAUUCAGUAGAAGAUUGCAUGAAGGAGGGUCCAAAGAAGUGUCAAACAAUUAAAUCUUUGGUUAUCUGGGCUUUAAAAGAAUUUAUUCCAAUUGAAAAUUAUAAAAGUGAUCCCCGAAUGCUUGAUUUUUGGUGGCUAAUGGGUAAAUACAGCGUUAAUAUGGGAAUGGAAGCUGUUCUCGAAAGAAUUAAUCGUCUUGGGUAUUUCAAAAAUGUUCCGGAAUUUUAUUUGAUGUGGGCUGAUUAUUUUGGGUCAAAACAGAAUCGAGAAAGUUUUGACAAAAUUUUUCAAAUUUGUGAAGAAAAUUGUCAACUUGGUCCUUCUGAGGAACGUUUUAAGUAUUUUUUUAAAUUAAAUUUAUUUUUCUAA